CUCUCUCGCGUCUUCGCCUUCCCUUCUGACUCAUGCGAAGUUACGCCCUCCUAACCCUAAAAAAAAAAGAAAAAAAAAGAAAAAAAAGGGAAAAGAAAAAAAAAAAAAGAAAGGAAAAAGCCCUCAUAAAAUCCCAAAAAAAAUCGAUAAACGCUAGCCCCUUCGAAGGCUUCGCCUCCUCGUCGAUCGAAGGCUUCGAUUGUGCUUAUUUUCUUCUCCGGCGGCAAUGGCGAACCCGGCUCCUUCUCCCCUCGCGGCCCCUGGCCAGCCUUCCCCGGGGCAGAUGUCGCCGGCACCAGUUCACGGCGGGGCGUUCGGAAAUGCUUCUCUUUAUGUCGGUGAUCUCGACCUGUCCGUCACGGAGGGGCAGCUUUUCGAUGUCUUUAGCCAGAUCGGGCCUGUCGCAUCCGUUAGGGUUUGCAGGGACCAAAUCCAUAGGGUCUCCCUCGGCUAUGCUUACGUCAAUUUCCACAACCCCCAAGACGCUAGUCGUGCCUUAGAGGUUCUGAAUUUCACCCCCGUAAAUGGAAAGCCGAUCAGAAUUAUGUUUUCCCACCGAGAUCCUAGCGUUCGAAGGAGCGGCUAUGCUAAUGUAUUUAUCAAGAAUCUUGACCUUACAAUUGAUAACAAGUCACUGCAUGAUAUAUUUGUUUCAUUUGGCACCGUCCUUUCCUGUAAGGUGGCCACUGAUUUUAAUGGUCAGUCGAAAGGAUAUGGCUUUGUACAGUUUGAACAUGAAGAUGCAGCUCGGAAAGCUAUUGGUCAACUUAAUGGAAUGUUGAUCAAUGGAAAACAAGUUUAUGUUGGUUUCUUCAUCCGUCGUCAAGAGAGAGAACCUGCAAAUGGAUCUCCGCAGUUCUUUAAUGUAUAUGUAAAGAAUUUGCCGGAGAAAUUUACUGAUGAUGAUUUAAAAAGUGAAUUUGAAGCAUUUGGUGAGAUCACCAGCGCAGUAGUUAUGAAAGAUGAAAAUGGAAAUUCUAGGGGAUUUGGCUUUGUAAAUUUUAAAGAUUCAAAUGCUGCUGCUUCCGCAGUUGAGAAAUUUAAUGGAAAAGCUUUAAAUGAUAAAGUUUUAUAUGUUGGAAAAGCUCAAAAAAAAUCGGAAAGAGAAGCUGAGUUAAAGGCCAAAUACGCGCAGGAGAGAAAUGGGAGAAUGGACAAGAUUCGAGGCCUUAAUUUGUAUUUGAAGAAUCUUGAUGACGCUAUUGAUGAUGAACGCCUUAAAGAGCUGUUCCGUCCAUUUGGCACUAUAAUUUCCUGCAAGGUCAUGGUAGAUUCACAAGGGCAGAGCAAGGGUUCUGGUUUCGUGCAAUUUUCAUCUCCCAAGGAGGCUAACAGUGCGAUAAAUGAAAUGAAUGGCAAGAUGAUUGGAAAGAAGCCUUUAUAUGUUGCUGUGGCUCAACGUAAAGAGGAGAGAAGAGCACGGUUGCAGGCUCAUUUUGCGCAGCUUACUGCUCAAGGGACUAUGACACCUGCAGUGCCCUCUUUGCCUGCCUACCACCCUGGUCCACCUAGGCUUGCUCCUCAGCAACUUUACUUUGGUCAGGGUGCUCCUGGUCUCAUUCCACCCCAACCUGCAGGUUAUGGUUUCCAACAACAGCUUAUUGCAGGAAUCCGCCCUGGUGUUGCCCCUAACUUCAUGAUGCCUUACAACCUUCAGAGGCAAGGACAACCUGGACAGAGGGUGGGCUCCAGGCGGGGAGGAAUGUCACAGCAGAUGCAGCAGCAGUUGAUUCAGCGUAGUGGUAAUCAAGGCUUUAGAUAUAUGCAAAAUGCUCAUAAUGGGGUUGAUCCAACGAUGAUACCUCAGGGUCUGAUGGGUCCAAUGAUGCCUUUGCCACUUGAUACAAGUGGUAUGCAUGUUGCUCCAAUGGAUGUGGUCCGAUCUUCACCAAUUCCAAUCACAGCUCUUGCCUCUGCUCUAGCUUCUGCAACUCCUGAAAAUCAACGACUGAUCCUGGGUGAGCAGUUAUACCCACUUGUUGAAAGUAUUGAUCGGGAUCAGGCUGGAAAAGUGACUGGAAUGCUCUUAGAGAUGGAUCAAAAUGAGGUCCUCCAUCUUAUAGAAUCUCCAGAUGCACUCCAGAAGAAAGUUGCAGAAGCUAUGGAAGUCCUACAGUUAGCGCAUGCUACAGGUUCAGAUGCUGCAGAUCAGCUUGGUUCAUUGUCCUUGAAUGACUGAAGUUAUCCAUCUUUUUUAGAUGAUUGGCUAUCUUUAAUUAGGGAUUUCUCCAUGGCUUAUAAUUAUUUUGGAUUUUUUUAUUCUAUUUAGUGUUUGGCAUUUGCAAUGCCAAAAUUUUUGGGAAUUCAACAUGAGACAAGCAAGGGAUGAUAUAACUUAAGGGUUUAUAUGCUAUUAUUUUUCAGGUUUGUUUAUAUGUUGGAUUAAGCAUCGCAGACACAGGUCUUGGUUUGAGGGUUUUGCUAUAUGUGGAUUAUAAUAUAAGUUAUCUUGUUCAUUCCCUUGUA